AUGUAUGGUGAAACCUUAAUCGUUGGUUUUGACUAUGUCAAGAUAACUAAAAACAACAAUCAAAAAUAUUUAAAGAGCUUUGUAUACCUGAGGAUUUUUAUGGAGAGUGAAACCUUGAUCGCUGGUCUUUGCCAUAAAAAGUAUGGGAAUAUACAGCUUAAAGAAAAUGUCGGAAUAUUAAUCGUUGGUCUUUACUAUGAAAACACUAGAAAAAUACACCUAAUAGUCAAAACCGUGACUGUUGACAUGAGCUGUGAAGAUUCUGGACAUAUAAAACAGGCUAUGUAUGCCUGUAGCCCUGGAUGGAAAUCGGACGCCUAA